GAAAAAACACGUGGCUGAGGAAAACUAGACAUUUCUAACUCGUUUUAGAACUACCAAUAGGCCUAUUUUAGACAUAGGCCAAGUCUACAUUAGGUCACCAAGAUGCAUGCAUAGAAGAUUCAUUCGUUUAGGGAUUUGUUUGCUCCUCUUAAUUUUUCUUGGGCCAUCGUUUUAGAGACCCAGACCCAAAACAUUUCGAUGAUGACCUUUGCCAUGCUGCGGCCAAUUGCGACUCAUCUGAUCAGCUACCCGGACCUGAGUAUGAUGUCCGAGGACGAGGAGAACCGCAGCGAGAGCGACGGCAGCUCGGAUCAGAGCUAUGGAUGCUGCGUAGCCGCGGACAAACGGCGGAGGAUUUCUCUAAAGUCGGGAGGCAGCAGUGUUGUCAUUGUGAAACAGCGGAACGCAGCCAAUGCCAGGGAGCGCGACCGAACCCAAAGUGUCAACACUGCAUUUACUGCACUUCGGACUCUAAUACCCACUGAGCCAGUGGACAGAAAGCUCUCCAAGAUUGAGACGCUUCGCCUAGCAUCAAGCUACAUCUCCCACCUCGCCAACACCCUGCUGCUCCGUGACGGGAAUGGAGAUGGACAACCUUGUCUUGGCGCGGUUUACGCGCAAGGAGAGAGCAGAGGAAAGCAGCCUCGCACCAUCUGCACCUUCUGUUUGAGCAACCAAAGAAAAGGGAUAAAGGAUAGCAAAGACUGUCUGAAGAUGCGAGGCGUUGAUUCUCUGAGGGUGAACCGCAGAUAGAAGGCCGUGAAACACAGCAAGAACCAGAACCAGAACUCCUCAUCUACAAACUCAGGGAACACUAAAAGCAGGCCAUAAAAGAACCAUUCUCAUCAUGCUGGAGAACAUUAUAUAACAAGAGACUAUUUAUGCUUGAGAGAAUGCAGUGAGAGGCACGGAACAAACCAAUGUCCAAUGUGAAUGAAGCCUUUAACGAAUGCAGUGCAUUUAUAGAUAGAGACAUUAUAGAUGUGUAUAUUUGUGUGAUAUUUGUGUUGUACAUGUAUUACAUUUUGAAAUAAAAUAAUUG